AUGCAGGCCACUCAAUCAAACUUAGAACUAGCCAUAGAUGCCUAUCAUAUACAGUUACUCCGACCUAAGAAAGAUCAACACUCUAUCCGCCAAAUUGCUGCCGAAUUCUCUGUCCCUCGUUCCACCCUUACCGCUCGUGUACUACACAAUCAACGUGACCGACAAACUGCUGCUGCACCCCUUCAAGCCCUCACCCCUACAGAAGAAGACUGUCUUGUUGACUAUAUCAAGCACAACACACUUCUUGGUCAAUCUCCCACUGCCACUCUUGUUCUUGAGGUUGCUGAAGAACUUCGCCGGAACCGUCCUCUCAUAUCUUCCUCCUCCGUCCCACUGCCCUCUCUUGGUCGCAACUGGAUCGCAAAGUUCAAGAGUCGUCACCCUACAGUCAGCAGCACUUGGACACGUCAAAUGGAAAGAGCUCGCUUUGUGGGAACCGGAACUGAUCGGAUGAUCCCAUGGUUUGCCGAAGUAGGAUCAUUGAUGGAGAAGAACCACUAUAAACCAUCAAACAUCUUCAAUAUGGAUGAGACCGGGUUUGGUAUUGGAACUACACAAGCAUCACGAGUGCUUGCAGUCUUUGAAGGAGAUGGAAUACGAGGAAAAGCGUGGAAAACAAGUCCUGGACGUCAGGAAUGGGUUACAAUAAUUGAGUGUAUCUCGGCGGAUGGGGAAGCGCUUCCUCCAAUGGUGAUCUUCAAGGGGAAGUCCGGAUUCUGCUCAAAUUGGCUCCCCACUCUUCCUGAUAGUCGUGUUGAUGGAUGGCAUUGGUCCUAUAGUAAUAAGGGCUGGUCAAACAAUACUCUAGGAUACGAAUGGCUCAAGGAUGUCUUCAUUCCCACAACCUCCCCUUCAACCACAUCAUCAACACCCAACAAACCUUCCGACCGUCGCUUACUCAUCCUUGAUGGUCAUGGAAGUCACGUACAAGCAUGUGUCAUUGCGCUCUGCAUGCAACACAACAUCGACCUCGUAGUCCUUCCCUCACACUCCUCUCAAGACACACAACCUCUUGACAUUGCGGUAUUUGCACCCUAUAAAAAAGUUCUUCGAGAUGAGUCCGAUAAAUGGGCAAGACGUACUACUUCAAAUAUUCCAAAAGGUUCAUGGGCGGACUCCCUCAUCUUAGCUCGAACCACUGCUAUGACCUCACGUAAUAUCAAAUCCGGAUUUCGAGAAAGUGGUCUAUGGCCCUUCUGUCCUGCACACGCUUUCCCUGACAUGUUUUCCUCGCUUUCAAACUGCCCUGUCACCCCACCUCGUGCAAUAUGUCGGACCCCUCUUACCUCAGUUUCCGACCGUAGUUCAGAAUUUAUGCGACAACAUGUGACAAUCUUACGGACUCCAAUCAAAAAUCAUGUCGCAGAAUUGCUCAAGGAAUGUUUAGAAGGAGAAGUUGCUAAAGCUCGGGUUGUGGUACUGGAGAGGGAGAUCAGGGAAUUGAGAGAAGGGCAGGAAUUGGGGAAGCGGAAAAGAGCAGGACCGACAGUUCAGAACUUAAAGACACAUCAUUUCACUACCCAAGAAGUAUUGGAGGCUGUCCAAGCAAUUGAAGCGGAGAGGGAUGCGAAGAAGAAGAAGAGGAAGAAGGGGAAGAGUAAAGUACCUUCUGGGGGUACCGGAGACGCUGGCGGAUGUGCAGAGGUUGAAGAGAAUCGAGACGAUGAGGACAAUGAGGAAACUGAGGAGGAGAAUCCUUUUCUUACGAGUGUCUAG